AAACAUCUGGAACGGACGGGACGACACACGGGCCACGGAUAACCAAUGGCUGGUGUUUUCCACUGCCGCCCCGUGCUGCCUCCCCCCGUGCUCGUCCCGGCGGCCACCAGAAGGCUCGUCCUCCUUACCUCCCUAGCCGCCGCCUCCACCAUGGACGGGGCGUCAGCGUCUGCUUCGGCGAGCUUUCCGGACGCCAAGACGAAGAAGGUAACCACCGUGUUCGUGGCCGGCUCGACCGGGAAGACCGGCAAGCGGGUCGUGGAGAAGCUGCUGGAGAAAGGCUUCGGCGUCGUCGCCGGCACCACGGACGUCGGCAGGGCCCGCGGCAGCCUGCCCCAAGACCCCAACCUUAAGCUGGUUAGGGCUGACGUGACGGAGGGCGCCGACAAACUGGUCGAGGCUGUGCGCGGCGCCGACGCCGUCAUCUGCGCCACGGGGUUCCGGCGCUCGUUUGACCCCUUUGCUCCCUGGAAGGUGGACAACUUAGGCACAGUGAAUCUUGUGGAAGCAUGCAGAAAGGCUGGAGUUAAAAGAUUCAUACUCGUAAGCUCCAUUUUAGUAAAUGGAGCGGCAAUGGGUCAACUUCUGAAUCCAGCCUACAUUGUGCUCAAUCUAUUUGGGUUAGUACUCGUCGCGAAGCUGCAGGCAGAAAAAUACAUCAGGGGGUCAGGAAUAAAUUACACCAUCGUAAGGCCUGGAGGGCUUACGGAACAACCACCAACUGGGAGUAUAGUCAUGGCGCCAGAGGAUACUCUCUACGAGGGCUCCAUAUCGAGAGACCAGGUUGCAGAAGUGGCUGUGGAAGCAUUGUUGUGCCCAGAAGAGUCUUCCUACAAAGUCGUCGAGAUUAUCACCCGAGCUGAUGCUCCAAAUCGGCCCCUCAAGGAUAUGUUUGCUUCUAUUAAGCAGAAAUGAAUACUUGAGCGUAACUAGGUAGGGACUAGUAGUACUGUGCCUGGAAUAUGGUCUGUAGAUUGUUUGUAAGUGAUCUGUCAGUCUUGGUUCGUGUGAUCUAUAUAAUUUCUUACUGUAAAUCCUAUCUCGAGUGCGUGUUGUUUUAGCCAAAAAGGAAAUUUGCUUCUUAUAUGGCAUGUCCAUACAUACUUGUACUACAACACCAUAGUUUAUAAGUUGGAGGCAAAAUAUCAUACUUGCACAGUACAAAAUCAUAAACUGCUUGUGGAUCA